UCUCGCAUAGCUAAACGGGGAAGGAAACUUGUGGAUUAUGACAGUGCCAGGCACCAUUAUGAAUCUCUACAGACAGCAAAGAAGAAAGAUGAAACCAAAAUUGCCAAGGCUGAAGAAGAGUUAGUAAAAGCUCAAAAAGUGUUUGAGGAGAUGAAUAUUGAUCUUCAAGAAGAACUGCCUUCACUAUGGAAUAGUCGUGUUGGAUUUUAUGUCAACACAUUCCAGAGCAUUGCAGGCUUGGAGGAGAACUUCCAUAAGGAAAUGGGCAAGUUGAACCAAAACUUGAACGAUGUCCUUGUGGAUCUAGAGAAAGAGCAUGGAACCAGCACCUAUCCUAUUAAAGCUCAGCCAAGAAAGAAAACUAAACUGUUCUCCAGGCUGAGGAAAAAGAUGAGCAGUGACAGUACCUCUCCAAAAGCAAACAAAACCCCUUCGUCUCCACCUGAUGGGACUCCUGCCACCAGCCCUGAGACCAAGGCCGUCAACCAUGAGCCAGAGCCAUCCACUCUGGAAACACCUGGAGGAGGCAUCCCUAAGUCUCCAUCUCAGUUGAGGAAAGGCCCUCCCGUGCCGCCACCUCCAAAACUCACUCCAUCCAAGGAGAUGAAGCAGGAGAACAUCAUCAACCUGUUUGAUGACAAUUUUGUCCCAGAGAUCAGUGUGACAACCCCCUCACAGCGUGGUGGCCUGCGACUUUUACCUCUUCCUCCUGUUCGACGGCUGAAACAUUGCACGAGGGGCCUGGAAUUGGGAGAAAAGUCCACAGAAGCCGCUCCUGCUGGUGCUGAGGCAGCGGGCAACGAAGCUGGAGCUGAAGCAGCUAAAACCGAAACUGACUCAGGAUCUGCCUCAAGUUCUUUGCCUGCAGUAGUUGUGGAGACCUUCCCAGCCACAGUCAAUGGAACAGUUGAAGGUGGAGCCCCCUUGGAGAGAGCUGACAUGCCACCAGGUUUCCUGUUUAAGGUACAAGCCAUGCAUGACUAUGCAGCCACUGACAGUGAUGAGCUACAGUUGAAGACUGGGGAUGUUGUCCUGGUGAUUCCAUUUGACAACCCUGAGGAGCAGGAUGAAGGAUGGCUGAUGGGUGUGAAAGAAUCUGAUUGGCUGCAGCACAAAGAAUUUGACCAAUGCCGAGGAGUUUUCCCAGAGAAUUUCACAGAACGAGUGCAAUGAAUCCUGGAGCUACUAGGUAGCUUCUCUGCAGCAGAAAGCAAGAAGUCUUUCCUCCCCUCUCCCAGAGAAGCCUGAAAAAAAGGAGAAAAAUUUAAAGGAACAAAAGCCUAAAAGUUGUGCUCUUCACAGAAAACAAGGUUUUAGAAAUACAUUGAAUUCAGAGUGUUAUUAUCGAAUAUAUAGGUAAUAAAGAAAGGCAGGUGGGAAACAUCCUUUUUCCUUUUGAUUUGAACAGUGUUGCUAUUCAGAAAGUUGUUAACCUACGUGGCUGAGCAAUUUUGUGUAAAAUAGAAUGAAGGUAUGCAGCAUCAUGAGCCCUGAAAUAUUAACUGUCCAGUUUUCCUGAAACUACACACUGAAGUUUACCCUGUGGGAAAGUGAGGUCAACCUGUCUUGUGGCUAAGGUUGCUUAUGUGGCAUCCCCCAGAUCUCUGACCCUGCAAUUAUUCAGACCUGCAGCCAUAAGCCCAAUGCCUGUCCUGCUGUUGGGGGAAAAAAUGUAGUGUACAGUGUUCACAAAUUACAAUUUUUACGUAUAUAUAUAUAUGGGGUGUGUGUGUGUUCCUCCCUUUGGAAAAUGUAACAAGAACUGUGAUUUUAUACAUUUAAAUGCAAACAAAGUUACCUGUGAGUGCAUAUCAGACAGCGUAAUUAGUAAAACCGUGCUUGAUCCAAAGCUCCUUCUGCCAUGUGAUUUUACAUUGGCACGUGCUGCUUUGUGUCCUUAAAAAAAACAACCCUAAAAGUUCUUUUUCAAAAACUAUAAACAGGUUAUUAGAUUUUUUUUUUUUUAAAAAAGAAUAUUUUAUUGUAGCUUGGAAUGUGGGCGGGAGAAUUAGGAGAAGUUAUUACUUUUGUUUACAGUUGGAGAAUUCUGCAGGCAAAAUGCGAUUCACCUGUUUCAUCCCAUGGACAGGGGGCAGUUGUGCCGGACAACCUGAACCUUACAGGUAGCUGCAACAAUGUACAGUGAUUUCUAGAGGUUUUCUAGCUAUAUUGUGGUGCCCUGUUGCUUGUCAAGUCUACCUGGUUGUAGAACCCGCCAUUGGGUGCUCCAUUAUAAUACCACAAGGGCAUACAAUUGUGGCUGUGUAGCGGGCUCUGUGUUAGCUGGGAUGCCUUUUAGGAGGCUGCAGAGGCAAGGUGGGAGGAUCCCAAUGCCAUGCCUGAUCUCCCUUGUGCUGCUCUGACAGUGGUGGCUGUCCAUGAUAUGGCAAUCUGUCCCCUGCUGCUACACCCUGUAACUCUCUGGCUCUGUGGGCACCAUUGACAUUUGCAAAGGGGGGGGGAAGCCCUCCUUAUGCCACAAUUGCUACACUCACUUGCCAGUGCGGUGGCUGAUGUGAUCAGAAGGGAAAGUGAAGUAAUAGGGCUUUAGUAUUAUUAUUAUUAUUAUUAUUAUUAUUAUUAUUUAAAAUAGCUAGUUGGUGUUGAUAUUUCUUCCCUUUAAAUCACAGUUUGGCGGUAGUGUUCCUUUGUGGUUUUCCAUGGUAUGCCAUGGAAUCCCAAGGCCCCUAAUGAGAAGGCAGGAAAAGAGGGCAAACUUUCCUGCCUUCUUUUCCCAAAGUGUACAACCACAGAAGAAUUUUGGGUCUACUCUGUGCUGCCCUCUCAAUUUAUGCUGGAUCUCAUGUGAACUGAAUGUGAAUGCAAGAAAUAUGACCCAGAAUCCUCUGCAAUACCCAGAGGUCACAUGACAGAGGUAGAAGAAAGUUCUCCUAGCAGGAAGUUUGAAACUGCUGAUAUAACAUGUACUGGGAUUCUUUCUGCUUUUAUCACUUGUGUGUGUUUGCUGUUUUGCAUAUUGUUAUAAGUGAGCAACUUGCUAGGCGAUUUUCAAGGUGAACAAUGGUCCUAUCAAAAGCAAGAGGUUUCUUUGCCCAUAACUGAUUCCUAAAAAGGAUAAACUUUACUUGAAUUCUGGGUGCAGCUAGAGACCUCCUCAGAUCCUUUUGUGGCUGCAUUUAGUUAUUUCCAGGUUGCUCUUUGGCUUGGUUUUUUUUUGUGUUUUUUUUUUUCCUUGAAGGGACUCCUAGGACAGGCUUCCUCCCAUUGCACUGGCAUAUAAUGUGGGAUUGCUACAUUUAAUGAUCUUAUAAAAUAUAAGCUGCUUUUAGCAAAGCAUGGGAAGUCAAGAUAAAUGACUUUUUAAAAAAACCCACUCUAGCAGGCCUCUUACUUGGAGAACACUUUGAGACCGAUUUCACACAAGAGCUGUGCCACGGUCGUGGCCUCCCUUUG